GGAGAGAGCGCCGAGGAGGGAAAGCCCCGGUGUCUGCCCCUCCGUAGUCUCCUUGCCUUCAUUCCUGCGCCUUUCCUCCCGCCCCACGCCUCGCAGAGCUGUGCUCCGGGGGGGGGAGGGGGGGGAAGGAAUAGUCGCGUCGGAAGGAGCGGGGACUUUUUGCAGGCACCAUGAGGCUCUCCAAGGCGGUGAGGAGAUGCCGCACUGAGGAGCCGGGGAUGAAGCUGCCUCUCAUCUGUUGCACCGGUGCCGGGCGGCUGGCGCGGUCCCCUGGGCUGGGGGUGAUGGAGACCCUCUAACUCGUGGGCGUAAGUCCGAGCGUCUGAGUGUGGGGCAAAGAUGAAGAAAAUAAAGUAAGAAAAAUAAUGGGGGAAAGUGGCUGAGGCGGACGAGAGCCAGAACUAAAAAGAACACCUCUUAAAGGGAUUUAACUUACAAAAAGGAUUGAGAAGGGUACUGACGAGGGAAAAUGUGACCUGUUAAAGCUGUUGAAGGAAGAUGCCGGCUGUCAACGCAUGCACCUAAACCAAUCUGAAAAACAAACUCACAAGCGAAGUCAGAAGAGUACUUCAGAUGACAUCAUAGUAGAAGCUAUAAAGUGUCAUAAUGUCUAACUUAAAGAUCAGUGUUGGAAGUAAAGCAGAGAUAAAGUAUUAGAAUGGCAUAAAAUAUGGCCCAGUUCUACUACAAAAGAAGUGUCAAUGCUCCCUACAGAGAUCGUAUCCCUCUUCGUAUUGUACGAGCAGAAUCUGAACUGUCCCAUUCAGAGAAAGCCUAUCUGAAUGCCGUGGAGAAAGGAGAUUAUGCCAGUGUGAAGAAAGCUUUAGAAGAAGCAGAAAUUUAUUUCAAGAUCAAUAUUAAUUGCAUUGAUCCUCUGGGAAGAACUGCACUCCUUAUUGCAAUUGAAAAUGAGAACCUUGAGCUAAUUGAACUGCUCUUAAGUUUUAAUGUAUAUGUGGGAGAUGCUCUUUUGCAUGCCAUACGAAAGGAGGUAGUUGGUGCUGUGGAGCUGCUGCUAAACCACAAGAAGCCCAGUGGGGAGAAACAGGUGCCACCAAUACUUCUGGACAAGCAGUUUUCAGAAUUUACACCAGAUAUCACACCCAUUAUUCUGGCUGCCCACACCAACAAUUAUGAGAUCAUAAAGCUCCUUGUGCAAAAAGGGGUCUCUGUGCCCAGGCCACAUGAGGUCCGCUGUAACUGCGUUGAAUGCAUAUCAAGUUCAGAUGUGGACAGCCUUCGGCACUCUCGAUCCAGACUCAAUAUCUACAAGGCUCUGGCAAGCCCAUCCUUGAUUGCUUUGUCCAGUGAGGAUCCAUUCCUUACUGCCUUUCAACUGAGCUGGGAGUUGCAGGAACUGAGUAAAGUCGAAAAUGAAUUUAAGUCGGAAUAUGAGGAACUGUCACGGCAGUGCAAGCAAUUUGCAAAAGAUCUCCUGGAUCAGACACGGAGUUCCAGGGAAUUGGAAAUUAUUCUUAAUUACAGAGAUGAUAAUAGCCUGAUAGAAGAACAAAGUGGCAAUGAUCUUGCAAGACUGAAACUGGCAAUUAAGUACCGUCAAAAAGAGUUUGUUGCCCAACCUAACUGCCAGCAGCUGCUUGCAUCCCGCUGGUAUGAUGAGUUCCCUGGAUGGAGGAGGCGACACUGGGCUGUGAAGAUGUUGACAUGUGUUGUGAUAGGACUUCUUUUCCCCGUCUUCUCUGUGUGCUACCUGAUAGCUCCCAAAAGCCCGUUAGGGCUGUUCAUCAGAAAGCCAUUUAUCAAAUUUAUCUGCCAUACUGCAUCCUACUUGACUUUUCUGUUCCUGCUGCUGCUUGCCUCUCAGCACAUUGACAGGUCAGAUGUGAGAAUGCAGGGACCACCACCAACCAUCGUCGAGUGGAUGAUAUUACCGUGGGUCCUGGGCUUUAUCUGGGGUGAAAUUAAACAGAUGUGGGAUGGCGGACUGCAGGACUACAUUCACGAUUGGUGGAACCUCAUGGAUUUUGUAAUGAACUCCUUGUACUUAGCAACAAUCUCUCUGAAAAUUGUUGCAUUUUCAAAGUAUAGCGGGUUAGUUCCACGACAGAGCUGGGACAUGUGGCAUCCGACGCUGGUGGCUGAGGCCCUGUUUGCAAUUGCAAACAUCUUUAGCUCUCUACGUUUGAUCUCAUUAUUCACUGCAAAUUCUCACCUGGGACCUCUGCAGAUAUCUCUGGGAAGAAUGUUGCUGGACAUUUUGAAGUUUCUCUUCAUAUACUGCCUCGUGCUGCUAGCUUUUGCAAAUGGAUUGAACCAGCUGUACUUCUACUACGAGACACAUGAAAACAAGUGUAAAGGGAUACGAUGUGCAGAGCAGAAUAAUGCUUUUUCAACAUUAUUUGAAACGCUGCAGUCAUUAUUCUGGUCUAUAUUUGGACUCAUCAAUCUCUAUGUGACCAAUGUGCAACCAAAGCAUGAAUUUACUGAAUUUGUUGGGGCCACCAUGUUUGGUACCUAUAAUGUAAUCUCUCUGGUUGUUCUACUCAACAUGCUAAUAGCCAUGAUGAAUAAUUCUUACCAGCUAAUUGCUGAUCAUGCAGACAUUGAGUGGAAGUUUGCUCGGACAAAACUCUGGAUGAGUUACUUUGAAGAAGGAGGGACUCUACCCACUCCUUUCAAUGUCAUACCAAGUCCAAAGUCCCUCUGGUAUCUGAUCAAAUGGUUAUGGAGACACCUGUGCAAGAAAAAAAUUAGAAGAAAGCCUGAAAGUUUUGGAACAAUAGGGAGGCGUGCAGCUGACAAUCUGAGAAGACAUCAUCAGUACCAGGAAGUUAUGAGAAACCUGGUUAAGAGAUAUGUUGCAGCAAUGAUAAGAGAUGCCAAAACUGAGGAAGGACUGACAGAAGAAAAUUUUAAGGAGUUAAAACAAGAUAUUUCCAGCUUUCGUUUUGAAGUCCUGGGUCUACUAAAAGGAAGCAAGCUUUCUAAUUUGCAGACUCCAAAAACAAACAAAGAUGCAGCAUCUCUCUCAGAAACUGAAGAAAAGAGUGAGAAUGAGGGAAACAAGAAAGGAAAGAAAAAGGCCUUCAGCCUUUUUGACAUAACUACAAUGAUUCACCCAAGAUCAGCCACUAUUGCCUCUGAAGCACAUAAUGUAAGCAAUGGCUCAGCAAUGAUGGUGUCAGAGUCCUCUAAGGAGAAACAAAAGCGUGUGAAUUUUGUAACAGACAUAAAAAAUUUUGGGUUAUUUCACAGACGGUCAAAAACAAACUCUGUGGAGCAGAGUACAAAUAAAAUAUACACCGUUUCUGAAGAAGUUUCCCGUCAACAAGCAGAAGAACAAUGUGAGAAAGCUGAUGAACUGGAAGAGGGAGAGCUGACCAUGAACUGUGAAGUAAACACCCAAAGUCCUGAUGAAAAGUGCAUGUUAGCUGAGUCACAAAAUAACAGCGACACUUCAGAUUCACAGGAUGAGGGAAGUAUUUGUGCUUUAGAAACAGAGAAAAUGGAGUUACACAACUCUGAACCAGCCACACCACAGGAUCAGCAGGACACGGAGUUGGACAUUAGCAUUGACUGUGAUGGGAAACAGGAAACAAUUGAUCAGGGUGACUAUGUGAUAACAAGGUUGUGAUGCUUACAGGAAGAAGCAUUUACAAAUAUAUAUAUUUUGCAUAGUGCUUUUGGGGGGGGAAUGUUUUAAGAACAUAUUAGCAAAUGCAGAAUUACACUUUAUAGUACUCAACUGUGGCACAUGAUCUUGUAACAUAGUAAUCAAGAGAAAGAUAAUAAAGGGACCUUCUGUUUUGUAGCCUGCUUUAGCUUUCACAAUUUGUUUUACAUUUUUUAAUAAAUGGAAGCAUCUUGUAUUCUUGUACUGUUGCAAUAACCCACAGAAACUUUUUAGCUAUCUUUUUCAAUUACAACAAAUGCAAUUUCUCUCAUAUGAUAGUUGACUCCUAUGAUAAAUAUUUUUCUAUGCAAAUAAAAAGUAGCUUAAGAGACUUGUAAGCCUUUAUUUAACUUUGUAGGUUCUUAAAAGAUUCUGGACAACAUCAUUACCAUAAGUGGUUCCUGUCAACAUAAUUCAUGUCAAGCUAUUAGAAUCAUUUAUUUAAAUUGCUAGAAAGUUGAUUUGCUUCAAAAUCUAUGAAGAAACACAAUAUAAAGUAUAUUCUUUUAUUUAUUGAAGGAAUAUGAAUACCUGUAAAUUAUGAAUGAUCAGUCAUCAUUUGAUUAUUUAAUUACAUCUUCUCCCACCCAGGAAGAGGACUAUUACCUUCCUGAUACCACUGUCAGAAAUGCAUUUUGCAGGAUCUGAAGACUGUAAAAAUGUUUCUUAUAGUAAAAGAAAUAUUUGUGGCUUGCUAAAAUUUGAUGACGGAUUACUCCUCAGGAAUCCGUAAUCACAACAGCUACUGCUUCUUCAACCAUUUAUUUUUCCAAAUGUGGACAACCUAUGCACUUUAAUGUUCAACUGCUUAUUAGCUUUUGCCUUCACAAUACACUUGUAUUUGCUAAGAGAAAGAUACUUCAGGAAUAAAUAAGCAUACAACAAUCCCCUGAGUACUUCGGAAGACAUGACAAUUUGCUGAGAAGUUUUUAAAGGCAAAACUUAGGAGAGUUUCUUUGACAACUUUAGAGUUUGGGGGAAACUGAUUGGAGGUUUUAUAAAAAAAAUAUUUAGACAUUUAAAUGUAUAAAGAUAACAAUAGUAUUUUUCUUAACUGAGUGACUUAUUGUCUUAGUCAAAACCAGUAUUUUUAAAAUUAAACAGUCUGUUGCUUUUUAA